AUGAAUAAAAACCCAUUAGACAUUCCUGAAAUCCGCAGUCGAAUAGCUCUCUUUGUCACCCUCAAGGACGCCUUGUCUUGUGUUCUGCUCUCCAAAGGUUUCUCCCAAGACUUCGUGUACCCAGUUUGGCAUACGAUAGACUUGGCCAUCCACCCUGGGUUUCUUCAGAUGGAUCGAAGUACUCUUUUUAAACUGGGCCAUCACAUUCGUACGAUCAAGAAUGUUUCUACUCUUAAACAGCUGAAGUUCUUACAAUCAUUUAAAGCCUGCAAUCUAUCCACUUUGGAAGUUGAAAUGACAGAAAGUUUCCUUUACCAUACGAGAUGUUAUAGUCUCAUCCGUCGAACCCAUGGAAACCUUACUAAUCUCAUACUGAGACGCCGCCGUGAGCCUUCUUUUCGAUCAUCACCACGUUUUUUAUUGGACUCACUUAUGACAAUAACACAGCCAACUCAACCUCCAAAACUUACAAGUAUUUCUAUUACUUCUCUACACCUCACAAGAACAUCAUUUGUGGCUCUCCUUCGAGCUUGUCCAGCUCUCACAAAUGUUGAUGUCUGGGAGACGGUCUUUACGCUAGACCAAGCUCUGGAUACCUUCCAACACACAGGCGUAACAUCCAUCAAAGCAUUGAUGAAAGUCGUUGUGAUGCCAAACCAACCAUCGAUAUUUAUCCACUUUCCAAAUUUGCGACAGUGGGAUACUGCGAGCAGCCAAACACCAGACUCAUUUCCUACCCAGCUUGUUAAAGACACCUUUUCCAUAUGGUGCCCCAAAUUAAUAGAAAUCAAAUCAAAUUUCACUUCUAGCAAUCUAUUGGUCCAUCUUUUGGUCAAAGAUGUUUUUAUCAACCUCACAGCUUUAACAUUUAGAUACGAAUGUAUGUCAGAGGAUCUGGUCCAAACAAUUGCAUGCUAUCCAACUAAAUGGACAAAAAUUUGUUGUUACCCACCAUCAUCUAAUUCGGGGGAGAAAGAAGAUGAUAUACUUCAGAGGCAGGAUCAAUUCCAGAGUUCAGGACGGAUACUUCAACUUUGGCCACGAUUACUUGAAAAAUUGGUGACUCUCGAUAUCAUUGAGCAUAAGAUGAAUAUCGAUGAGGUUGAAAAAGCAUCUUGGUCUUGUAAUGAUCUCGAAACCCUUUUUGUUAGGAUCCAAGGGCUCAGCACCAAAGAGAAAAUAGACAGUGUGCUGAUGCGUUUGAAAGAAAUGAAGGCGUUGCAAAGGAGAAAGUCGGGUACACCAGUCAUUGCUGUUCGCAUGGAUGACCACGAUCGCGAAAUGUCAAUAGAGGCGCGCGUUCUGAACCAUCUACUCAAAUUUAAGAAGUUGAAAUAUGUUUCGCUCGGCUCUACAGCUUGGACAGUGUAG